CUUCAGCCAGCAGUGUCGGUGGGAAAUGUUGGUCAACUGGCCAUAGAUCUCGUGAUUUCCACUCUCAACAUGACUAAAGUUGGUUACUUCUACACGGACUGCCUGGUGCCAAUGGUUGGAAAUAAUCCAUAUGCCACAGCAGAGGAAAACUCAACGGAGUUGAGUAUAAACGCUGAAGUGUAUUCAUUACCUUCAAAGAAACUUGUAGUUCUGCAGAUCAGAUCACCUUUUAUAAAGAACAAGUACAGGCCAUUCUGUCAAACACUGCUGUCUUGGGUGGAAAGCAGCAAAUGUGCCAGAGUUGUUCUCCUGUCUAGCAGCCAUGCGUACCAGCGUGAUGACGAGCAACUUCUUGGGACACCACUACGCUACCUACUUACACCCGAUCUUGAGAAAGCAGUUGGAGGGCUUAUGCAGGAGCUGAACUGGAAAGAAAUGGAAAAAGUGGCAGCUUACCCAGGAAUACGUGACACAGAAAAAGUUCUCCAUAUUCCUGGAGGUGGCAUCACAAAACUCUUGUUUACUGAGAGCUGUUCAAAGGGAAUCCAAAUGGCAGUUCUUCUGAAGUUCUGCUCAGAGGGGGACAACAUCCCGGAUGCGUUUGCUCUGGUGAACUAUCUUAAUGAAUGGCUUCAGCUAAUUAGAAGCGAAAGCAACAAUUCCACAGAUGCUUCUUCGCAGUGGAAAAUACCAAGUUCUUGGCGCUUACUUUUCGGCAGCGGUCUUCCACCAGCACUCUUCUGAUCAGUUUUGAGUUCUUCCGU